AUGAGAGCUGCUGUUUUCAAGGAGGUGGGAAAGAUUGUCGUUGAAGACAGACCAAUUCCACAGAUCACAGAGCCAUCGGAGGCAAUAGUCAAAGUCAAGCUUGCGGGUAUCUGCGGAAGUGACCUCCACUGGUAUCGAGGACACCAGGAUAUUCCCGCGGAUUUUAUCCCGGGUCAUGAAUUCAUUGGCACUGUAGUCUCAGUGGGAGAUGCUGUCAAGACCGUCAAACCGGGAGAUGAGAUUGUGGCUCCUUUCACUACCCAGUGUGGCAAUUGUUUCUACUGUUCUCGACAGCUGACUAGUCGUUGUGAGAAGAGUCUGUUAUUCGGUAAUCGGUCGCAUGGAAUUGGGAUCGAUGGUGGCCAGGCAGAAUACGUCAAAGUGCCAUUCGCAGACACUACACUUGUUUUGUCUCCGAGCACGGUCCGACCAGAGCUUCUGGUACUCAUGUCAGACAUCUUUCCAACGGGAUACUUUUGUGCGGCGCGUUUUCUGAAAAACAUGCUCAAAUCGGAGGCGGCAGAAAGUGUAGUCACUGUGGUGGGAUGUGGUCCGGUGGGAAUUUGUGCAAUCGCCAGCGCUCUUACAUGGUGCCCCAACGUCUAUGCCAUUGACAUGGUGACCGACAGACUCGCCGAGGCGGAAAAACUUGGUGCAAAACCUCUUUUCCUCUACGAAGAACCAGAGAGCAAAAUCAAAGCUGCCACUGGUGGCCGAGGCGCUGACGUUGUAUUGGAAGUUGUUGGAACUGACGAAUCAAUGCGUCUCAGCCUGGCUCUAAUCCGUCCAUUCGGAUUCGUUAGUAGCGUGGGUGUCUUUCUUGGUGAAUACAAUUUCUCAGGGCCAUUAUUGCACGCGAAAAAUGCGACAUUAGCCUGGGGCCGUUGUCCCGUGCGUGGCAUUUUCGAAGAAGCUUUGGAAUGUCUGGGCCGGGUUCAAGACAAGGUGGGCUUUCUGUGCGAUAUGUAUAUGAACUUGGAGGAAGCUCCUCGGGCCUACGAGAUUUUCAACCAACGCAGGGCUCACAAAAUCAUCCUCAAGAUUUAG